UGGUUCGCUUUUCUUCUCUACCGCGCGCCGCACACCCCGCCCCUUCCCGGCCCGGCGAUGUCCGCGAACAACAUGUCGGACCCUCGGCGGCCCAACAAGGUGCUCAGGUACAAGCCACCUGCCACGGAGAACAACCCGGCCCUGGAGGAUCCGACCCCGGACUACAUGAACCUGCUGGGAAUGAUCUUCAGCAUGUGCGGCCUCAUGCUCAAGCUGAAGUGGUGUGCCUGGAUUGCUGUCUACUGUUCCUUCAUCAGCUUUGCCAACUCUCGAAGCUCUGAAGAUACCAAGCAGAUGAUGAGCAGCUUCAUGCUCUCCAUUUCUGCUGUGGUGAUGUCCUACCUCCAGAACCCCCAGCCUAUGACACCCCCGUGGUAGACACCAAUAUCCUAGUUCUUCAGCCUGGACCUCAGAAUCCUAGGGCUUUCACUAUUGGUUCAUGGGCCAGGAUGAAGAAAAAGCCAGAAACUGGUUCAUUCCUCACUCCUGUGUUCACCUCCCAGCCUCUGCUCCAAAUCAGGGGCUUCAGACUGUGAGUCCUCGGUGGAACGUCCCCACUCUGACCUUACCUCUGCUGAAGGACUGCCUGUUCUUGGGCCCUGACCCUCUCAGUGCCCCCCAGCCCCAGAUUCCUCUCCAGCCUCCCUGCCCCAGGCACCUUGGGCAGAGGAGGAUCCUGCACCUCCUGCCUGGCCCCUCGCCACAGUGUCUGCCCACCCUCCUGGGCCAGGGUCCUUCCCAGGAGGCCGAGACUGGGGACGGACGCCCCCGGGCCGAGGCAGACCGCUUGUAAACUACCUGUAGCAACCAAUACAGAUGGAUGUGUAAGAAA